AUGGCGGUUUCUGAUGUGGUGGUUCGCAAUUUGAUGAUGCUCUACUUGGCGGUAAUAGCGGCGAUCAAAGCAUACGGCCAGCUGAGUGGGCGGAGCUACGGCGGAGCAUCGGUGUUGAUUCUAUCCACGGCGGCAAUUGGAGUUUUGUUGCUCGGAGCUUUGACGUGGGAUGUAUCUCGUAAAGCUGCGACUUACACGGUGGUGACACGUGACGGCGAUGAGGCGGAGCAUGAGAUGUGUCGAGGAGGAAUCUGUUGGCACGGCGUCGCCGUCAAGUCGCCGGCGUCUCAGCUCCGGUUCCGGCUUCCACAACGUCAACACAUCAACAAUGGCCAAUGA